UGAGAGGAGAGUCCUCUCUGCUGGUUCAACGUGGACCUCCUUUCAGUUCAGCCACAGUCCCCUCCUACCUCCUCAGAUAUAGUGAGCGUUUUGACUAGCCGUGGAGUCAACCAGAGCUGAAUCUUUAACAGAGCACGCUGCUGGGUCUCUCUGCCUCAGCCCCCAGACACACACACACACACACACCAUACACACACACACACCGACUAAACACAUGGAGUACUGCCGCGCUGUGUUUCUCUGGAUCUGCUGCAGCCUGUUGCCAGGGCUCCAUGAUGGUUUCAACAUUGACACCAAGAACCACAGGAUCAUCAAAGGUCCCAAGCAGGCCCAAUUUGGAUACACUGUGCAGCAGCACGUUGCCGGGGGACAAAAGUGGUUAUUGGUGGGAGCUCCAUAUGAAACCAAUGGUCACCACCAGACAGGGGAUGUGUACAAAUGCCCAUUGGGCAAACGGUCCAAUGGCAGCUGCUCCAAACUCAACCUAGGAAGGAUAUCUCUGACCAAUGUCGCCGAGCGAAAAGACAAGAUGAGGCUGGGGAUGACGCUGACAACCAACCCCAAAGACAAUAGCUUUGUGGUCUGUGGACCCCUAUGGUCCUAUGAGUGUGGCAGCUCAUACUACAGCACUGGGAUAUGCUCUCGAGUCAACGCCAGCUUCAAAUUCUCCAAAACCAUAGCUCCAGCCUUCCAGAGGUGUGAGACCUACAUGGAUAUAGUGAUCGUUCUGGAUGGUUCCAACUCCAUCUACCCCUGGACGGAGGUGCAAGCCUUUCUUAUCAACAUUCUACAGAAGUUCUACAUUGGACCAGGCCAGAUACAGGUUGGAGUGGUGCAGUAUGGGGAGAAGGUGGUGCAUGAGUUCCAUCUGAAUGACUACAAGUCAGUGGAGGAGGUGGUGAAGAGAGCAAGCAACAUCCACCAGAGAGGCGGAGAGGAAACCAACACGGCACUCGGCAUCAACGUUGCUCGCUCAGAAGCAUUCAAGCGAGGAGCCCGACGAGGCGCCAAGAAGGUGAUGAUUGUGAUCACUGACGGGGAGUCACAUGACAGCCCUGACCUUCAACAGGCCAUCGAGGACAGCGAGAAGGAUGGCAUCACCCGAUAUGCCAUCGCUGUGCUUGGCUACUACAACCGGCGUGGAAUCAACCCAGAGGCAUUCCUGAAUGAAAUCAAGUACAUCGCCAGUGACCCCGAUGAUAAGCACUUCUUCAAGGUGACUGAUGAGUCUGCCUUGAAGGACAUUGUGGACGCGCUUGGGGAUAGGAUCUUCAGUUUGGAAGGGACCAGUAAAAACGGGACGGCCUUUGGGCUCCAGAUGUCCCAGGCUGGCUUCUCUUCACACUUCGUGGAGGAUGGGAUCCUGGUGGGGGCACCGGGGGCCUACGACUGGAAUGGAGCCGUCCUGAAGGAGACACGACAGGGGAAGGUGGUUCCACCCAAGUCCUCCUACUCACAGGAAUUCCCAGAGGAGCUGAAGAACCAUGGCGCCUACCUAGGUUACACAGUAACAUCGGUGGUGUCGGCCAGGAACGGUCGGCUGUAUGUGGCAGGGGCACCGCGGUUCAACCAUACUGGCAAGGUCAUCAUCUUCACCCUGAAGAACACUGGUAACCUCACCAUCCUGCACUCCCUCAAAGGACAACAGAUUGGGUCGUACUAUGGGAGUGAGAUCUCCCCGGUGGAUAUAGAUGGUGACGGAGUAACAGACAACCUACUGGUGGCAGCGCCCAUGUUCUUCAGUGGAGGCUGGGAGAAGGGCAAGGUGUACAUCUACAGAGUGACUGAGCUGAAUCGUUUCGUCCUGGAGGGAGCGUUGGAGAUCCAGGACCGUGGUCAGAACGCUCGGUUCGGCUCCUCGCUGGCCCCGGUCCCUGACCUGAACGGGGACGGCUUCAACGACAUGGUGGUGGGGGCCCCGCUGGAGGAUGACCAUAAAGGAGCUAUCUACGUCUUCUUCAGCCAACGCAACAGGAUUCUGCGUAAAUACAAACAGAGGAUAGCUGCGUUAGACAUGGCCAGUGGCCUGCGCUACUUUGGCCGUAGUAUCCAUGGCAGUAUGGACAUGGACGAGGAUGGCCUGGUGGACUUGGCCGUGGGCUCCCUGGGGGCAGCCGUGCUUCUCUGGUCUCGCAGUGUCGUCCGAAUUCACGCCAACAUUAGGUUUGAACCUAGCAAGAUCAACAUCUUUGUGAAGGACUGUGAGAGGGGAGGCAAGGACGUGACCUGCAUGUCAGCCGUAGUGUGUCUAAACGUCACCGCCCGGACAGCCAUACCUCCUACACAGGAAGUGGCUAUCACUUACAACACCACCAUUGGGGAGCGUCGAUUCAACCCCAGAGCCAUAAUGGAUGACCCUGAUAAACUGCUGUUUCAAAACCUGACCCUGCUUUCUGGAGAGGAGACCUGUCAACACAUCUACUUCUAUGUCAUGGAGACCACGGACUAUGUGAGGCCCAUCGUGUUCACUGUGGCGGUGGCACUGCAGGAUCCCGACCAGGGCCCUGCGCUGGACGACACCUGGCCCACCACCGUCAGGACUGAGCUUCCCUUCUGGAAUGGCUGUGAUGAGGACGACCGCUGUGUACCAGGCCUGUCCUUACAGAGUACAACUGACCUGCUGUCUUGGAGGCAGUUCUGUGGGAAUGCAGUCCACUCCAGGGGUGUGAUGUGUCGACGUCUGUCCGAAGGCGGGGCGGAGGGGUCAGAGCGAGUGAUGGAGGGAUCGAGGAGGAGGAUGGUGGUGGAUGUUCGUCUGGAGAACAGGGGAGAGAACGCCUAUGGAGCCCGCCUCAACAUCACCUACACUCCUAACCUACGAUUCUCUAGUCUCAUAGUCAAGGACAACUCGGAUAUCAAGAUAGAGUGUCGCAGUGAGGACAGACAGAGGCAUGAGAAGACCUGCAACGUCAGCGCUCCCUUCAUGAGAACCAAGACUCAGGUAUCUUUCCGCCUGGAGUUUGAGUUCAGCCGAUCAGUGUUCCUGGACCACGUACGAGUCAUUCUAGAAGCCAGCAGUGACGGAGAGGAGGUUACCUUAGCAGACAAUUUCAACGACAUCUUUCACCCGCUGAAAUACGAGGCUGACCUCCUAUUUACAAGGGACUCCAACCCCUCUGGCUGUGAGAUCAAAGCAGACCUCUCCCUGGAAAUACCGGGAAAUAUUGGUCCUCCUUUCAACUUCACCUUCCAGAUUCAGAAUCUGGGCUUCUUUCCCGUGAGGGACCUGCAGUUGAAUAUAGAAAUUCCAGAGAUGACCAAAAACGGGAACCAGCUGUUGCAGAUAUCGGACUUCCAUAUUGACAAGACAGACGGUACCCACUGCAUACCCCCUCAACAUGUGGCACAGAGCAGGGCAUCUCCAGAAGACCUCUCUCGAGUCUCACGCCUGAACCAGUCCAAUACUCUGCCUCUGCCGGUCCAAUGCACUGUCAACCUGAACCCCUACAAGGAAGUCAGCGUCAGAAUCAGGGGGGCAUUACGGUUGGACGCCUUGCAUGCUCUGAGGUUCAAAGUCCUGGAACUGGUGACGAGUGCAGCAGUAGAACUUCCACCUUCAAGCCCCAUGUUUCUUCAUGAAGAAAGGCCUGUCAGACAUAUAAUCCUGGAGAUUAGGAAAGAAGGGGAUUACAGAAUCUCAAUCUGGAUUAUCAUUGGGAGCACGCUGGGAGGGUUGUUGCUGCUAUCCCUGCUCAGCCUAGCUCUAUGGAAGCUUGGCUUCUUCCAGAGGCAGAAGAGGAGAGAAGAGGAUGAGCAGGAGACCAAUGGAAAGGUGGCAGAGGAGCGGUAACUAACGCAGGCGAGGGACCAGCCAUCACACACACAGGGGACCCAACACUCAGGGACUGCCCCAUCCCCCCGACACUACAGUGGUACAGUCCAGAAGGCUCUGCAAGAUGAGACCGUCAAAUCAACACCUGCUCAGUGCACUGGAUGACCAACUGUACCUGUAUGACCCAUGAGACGUUAGCACUACCAACCAUAAUGCCCUGCCCUCCACUGUACUGCUGAGACUACUGGACCCUUCUCGGUGCCUGGUUACCCAUACCCACCUCUGACCUCUACCCUUUAGUUAGACUACCUUCCCCAUGGUUACCCACCUCUAACCUGUAUUUAGGCUAUGGCACCCUUCCUCCUGACCACAUUGAAGAGCGAUGGAGAGAUAUUUUGGUUGAUGAGUCCAUUCCUAUUGGUGUAAUAAUGACUAACUUAGAAAGGGCUGCAGUUAUAAUCAGACAAUGAUUCUGAGGCAAGCAGCUUAAAUUUGAUUCACCUUGGUAGGCUUUGUUUUGAGAUAACUGUACACUGUACAAGAAAAAACCUCAAGGUGCUGUGCCAACUGCAGGCGGCUAUAUUGGCCUGACAAGUACAGUACAUACUUCUGGAGAGAAACACAAAGAUGAAGAAGUUGGCGGCAUGUGCCAGUAGAUGUGACUCUACCCAAGUGACUUUUAGAGAAUGGUAUUGUGAACUGAAAAUCUCCAAGGCACCAGGACAACAAUUGUCAACAUUCAAGAAACUCUCUGGUGCUUUUGUUUCCAAAGAACUUGGGCAGAGAACUGUUUUUUGGAAGUCCAAAGAAAAUACCUUCUGUUUUGGAGAUCCAAUGUUCUUUCCCCUCUCCUCUCAUAAUAGUCCUACAGUAUCUCCAACGUUCCUUCCCCUCUCCUCUCAUACUAGUCCUACAGUAUCUCCAUUGGAGGAAAAUACACGGAAUAAAUUCAUAAUUUUGAUGCACUUUUACUUUGUAGAAAUACAAACUUGAAUUUUGUAAAUAGUCAACUAUCUUUUUAUACAUAACCAAGUCUAAUAUUGUGAUUUUCCAGUAUUCCCCACAAGGAUUGUGGCAUUAUCUUGUUAUUCCAGAGACAUGGCAAACGAGUUUAGCCUACGAGACAAAUACAAAUCGGUUUUCUGACAUGCUAUGCACAACAACAAAUAGCCUUUGAAAAAAGGAUAUGCAUCGAACUAUUCUCCAUCCACAACAUGCACCUGUUCUGAGCGUGCUGUUGAAGACCGACUUAUUCAGGAUUUCAACAAAAUGGCGGUCUAUCAUGUAAUGUUACAUGAUCUAAUGAGGAUCGGACCAUUGGUGUUUAGUGCUUGUAUGUCCAAAUGAAUCAUUUUCAAACGUUUUUUGUCAAUGAAAUCCCUUUUGUUUAUUCAUGAAUGUCAGUGUCCAACCCAUGUGGAUGAGGUAUAAAACAACUAAUACAUCUAGAAUAAAAUAUGUAAAAUGUG